UUGAAAUAAAUUAGACAAUUAAUUAUGGACGGUAUAUUAGCUUUGUGCCAUUUUUGCGAAACACACGGCCCUUGUGUGAUACUCUGCACCCAAAGAAGUAAGGGCGAACCUCUACAGACACCUCACACCCUUACGGUUACCUGGUGCGAAGCAUGCCAAUCGAUAGAUCUUAGUCAAGCCCUGGUCAGCAGAGACGACAAAACAACUUACGUAACGACACGAACUCCCCAACAGCAAGAUCUCGCGUUUUUAUUAAAACAGGCAGCCGUGCGCAGCUUAAGCUGUGAGGAGGAGACCAGUAAAGAAGGAGGUACAUUAUACUUUGGUGACAAUGAGAGAGGUCACGUCAUCAGUCACACGUUUACCUUAAGAGACUCGUUAGCCAGAGGAUUUUAUAGAAAGUACAGUAUAAUUAUGUUAAUGAAAGACAAAAUUCACCUCCUCAACUCCUGGCCAAUGCUAGUGAAGAACAUGAAGGAGGUCGUGAAGGAGUUACAAACACAAGCCGACGCAGUAAAUGGCGAGGAGCAAGCGCAACGUCCCCAACGUGCGUUGAGACAGGCACAGGGAUUAUCGAGGAAUUCGGCGAGAUCUUUGUCACAAUUAACUGGGCGACCUGCAGUCUUUGGUCAUAUUCACUUGUGGUUCACGUGGAUGUUGAGCUGUGAGACCGUGGUUGAGAAACCGAGCGUAGGUCUACCGUUGCCUCCAUUUCGUUCGCCUUCCGUUCUUCGGAAGUUAGCAAUGGAAUGGGAGGAGAGUGUAUUUCACGUGGCAUGCUUCUGCACUGUGACCGGUUACCGAAUGGAAAUUGACAAUUCUCUUGUUGAGGACGGUUUCAAAAUUUUACUGCCGGUUAAUUUUACACCACUACAUAGUGCACCUGUUUGUCGUUUAAGAAACGAUGGUGCAUGGGUGGCUGAAUGGUCAGGUCAGCUUCCUCCGCGAAUGCCCACCUUAGUGGUUGUAGCUGAAAAGGGCCUAAAAAAUGAACAGUUGCCGGACAGUGCUCUUGUACCUUACAUAAAUGGAAUAGUUUUGAAGUGGUUGCAUAUUGCACAAUCGAUACAUUGGAGUAAAGGCACCAACCCUCAGUUACUCCAAGCCUUAGGUGUACAAAGUCACGAUAUGCCCCUAAUAAAUUAUUGGCUGACACAAUUAUCCUUAAAUAAAUAGUUUAA